UGAGACGUGCUGCAUUGUGGGCAACUACUUCUCCCUCAAGGGCCGCCACGAGCGCGCAGUCGCCUACUUCCGCCGCGCCUUGCGCCUCGACCGCCGCUACCUGUCGGCGUGGACGCUCAUGGGGCACGAGUACGUGGAGCUGAAGAACAGCGCGGGGGCGAUUCAGUCGUACCGGCGGGCCGUGGAUAUCAACCCGAGGGACUACCGCGCGUGGUACGGGCUCGGGCAGACGUACGAGAUCCUCGCCAUGCCCUGCUACGCGCUCUACUACUACCGUAAAGCGGCCUCUCUGCGACCCCACGACUCGCGCAUGUGGUGUGCCAUGGGGCAGUGCUACGAGCUCAGCAACUGCAGCAGCCCCAAGCAGCCGUCCGGUGCUAUCGCCGCGCCAUCGCCAGCAAUGAGAGCGAGGGGCUGGCGCUGCACAAGCUGUCUAAACUCUAUGAGGGCAUGGGGCAGAUGAGGCAUGCGGCGCACUUUUACAAGCGCAAUUUGGACCGCAUGGACGGGGAGCAGGUGGAGGGGCCGGAGCUGGUGGAGGCACUUCUCUUCCUGGCCACGUACCACCGCUCCCAGGGGGACUUUGCCGAGGCCGAGAGAUACUCCACACGCCUGCUGGACUUUGGCGGCCCUGCGAAGGAAGAUGCCAAGGCUCUUCUGAGGGAGAUUCGGAGCGUGCACCACCACCAGCAUCAGCAGCACCAUCACGGCAUGGGGACACUGGGUUCAUUGGGGUUUGAAGAUGAGGAUGAGGAUGAGGAGGAGGAUGGUGAUGAUGGUGGUGACGAUGGAGAUGAAGAGAUGGACCUUGAGGGCAGUUUUUAGCUGGUUCGGAAAUAAUUUCAAGGAUUCAUUGUGGCGAUGUGCGAUUUAUGUACAAGCCUGACAAAACAAGGUUGGAAAAUGCCGGUAAACGACUGAGUUGAGAUGGUUUGUUUGUAUUAUACAAGGUUAGACCCAAGCGUGUUGAAUGAAGUAUGUGGAGAGGG